AUGCCUCUUAGAAAAGAUAACAUUUAUAAAAAAGUACAUUUAUUUGACCAAGAAAAAAGUAGAAUUGGGCAGAUCACACAUGGUAGCAUAGGAAGUAGUUACUGUACAUCUACAAAUAUUAAACAUGAUAGCAUUGAUAAUAAUUAUUAUGAAAAUAAUUGUCCUAUAUCUGUUGAUUAUUUAGAUAAUUGGAAAACAAAACGCCCUAUAACAGGUUUAGACACAUAUUGCAUAUGCAUGUAUUACUGGAUAUAUGUGGAAGGUUUUAAGAAUAAAUAUAAUUAUUAUAUCAAAACGAUUUAUGAUGAAUUCCUGAAGGCAUAUGAAGCUUUGGAUGCGAAAAUUUGUAAUGAUUAUAAGGAAAUAAUUACUGAUGAUAUAUUGGGGAAGCUGCAUGAUUUAUAUGUUAUGAACUGUAAUCUUAAUAAAUCAAAUAGUGAAUGUGCUAAUAGUGACAAGUGCCAGUGCGUUAAAAAAUGCACAAUGAUAUAUAUGAAAUACGAGAAAGAAUGUGAAUUAAAUAAAUAUAUCGAUUUUUGCAAAGAAUUAGACGAAUUUAGAACUCGAUAUAAUGAUAAAAUGAAAACUUUUGAUUGUCCUAAUAUUGAAUAUCAAAUGUUGCCUUCUUUUCAAACAGCUAAUAUAAAGGUUUUUGUAAUAACUCCAUUUGCUAUAAUAUUAAUAAUAUCCAUUUUUUUAGCUGUUUCAUAUAAGUUUACCGCAUGUAGCCCAUAUGUUUGCCAAAGAAUAAUAAGGAACAAAAAUAUAUAUGAUGAUGUAAACCAAGAAAAUAAUAUGUGUAAACAUAAAAAAAUACAUGUUAGCAUGUCAACAAAUGGAGCGUAUAAUAUUUUACAUAAUUCUCAAUAUUAUUAA